AGAAACUUUUCUGUUAAUACCUGUAAAUAUUUUGUAUAUCUUUGUUUUUAUUGUUUAAUAAACAAACAUGGAAAAAAAAACUCGUAUCGUCAUGUUCAAUGAAGCAGCUGAAAGCAUGAACUUGAAAAAAAAAAACCGUAAAAACAAUCCUACUGCUUAGUAUUCUAUUUAUGAUGGUCUGUCUUAAUUGCUUUUGAGAUUGUUUAACUACAUACGAUGAAGCGUGGGGUACACUGUCACGUGAUGUCAGGGGUCGCCACUCCGCGGUCUACAAGCAGAUGACAGGUGCUAAGUUUGUGGAUAAUGGAAACCAGUUGUUACAGUUAAGCGUGUUGGAGGGCUUUGUCCCAGUUCGGCGCUUUAUCCAUUCUGAUAUUACGGGCUUUGAAGUUUGUAAGCAAACUUUUGAGCAGUGAUGGCCACACUUCAGGACUUGGAAGUGAUGCUUUGUGAAGCAAUUGCUACAGGUAACUUCCCCUGUCUCAAACGUUUGGUAAACAGUGGAAUAGGCUGCAAUGCUGUUUUACAUUCACCUCUGCACUGGGAAAGCACAACUGUCUUGAGCACUGCAGCUUAUGCUGGAAACAUACAAAUGGUAAAAUAUCUGGUAGAGACUGGGGCAUCUGUUAAUCUCCAAGACCCAGGACUUCGCCGGAAUGCUCUGCACUGGGCAAGCAUGGGUCCCAGUACCACUAUUGUGAAGUACCUCCUAAAGCAAGGUGCUGACAUCAAUGCUCUUGACCGUGAUAAUAUGUCACCGCUGCUGCAGGCUGCUGUGCACCGACACCAAAGUGCUGUGCAGGCUUUAGUAUUGGCUGGUGCAGACGUCCACCAAGUGGAUCGUCUCAGAUGCUCAGCACUCCAUUAUGCUGCGUUUCACGGGGACCCUAUUGCUGUUGCUGCACUGGUACAAGCUGGCUGCAUUCACAAUAAUUCUAUUUUUGGGAAAGGUACCCCUCUCGCAAAUCUGAUUUCUCAUGGGGACCUUCAGAAUAUCCAGCUUUUGUUGGCAGCAGGGUAUCAGUUACUGACAACAGACCUGGAGAUUGUAAGUGAGCUUAGUGAAGACUGUCCUAUAAAGUACCUUGUCAAGAACCACUUCAGUCAAGCUGCAAGCCUCAAGCAUCAUUGUCGGGUCUUCAUCCGAAGCUGUGUGAAAGGAGCUAAUCUCCACAAAUCAUUAAAGGAACUGCCCCUUCCACCCUGUCUUAUACGUUACCUUCUUUUAGAGCCGUUGAUGGAAAAUGAAAAUAGCAUUAAGGAAGAGGUGGGCAUAACUUUAAAUGGCUAAAUUCACAGCUUCAGAUGCCUUUCAUAAAAAGCUACCUGUGAGACUUCACUAUAUUUUAUAUGAGUGUGUAAACUAAAGCCUUUAUCCAAACUUUAGGUUUCAGGAAACACAAAGUGCCCUGCAUAAGUUUGUGGAUUUAAGCGAGAGUGCUGUAAUUCAGGUUUGUGAAGCUUUUUGUUUUUGAUGUUUGUAGCUUUCUUAGUUUUGUGCCUGUUGAUUUCACCCUUCCACAGUACUGUUCACUCAGCUGUGAAAGUAUUCCCCAGCAGAGUAGUAAAAAAAAAACCUGUUAAUUGGACUGCCUGCAUAGGUUGACGUAAAAUUCUGAGAACAUUUCAAAAGCUUUUUAAGGCAUUAUGGAGGCAGAUACAUGAUCUUUCUUGGUGCUUUUGUUUGCAUGCCAUCAUUUCAAGUUUAUGUGUCUCGAAUGAAAUGUUAGCACUCAUAUGUUUGUAUAAAGAUCCUUACUUUAGCACUGUAGUCUUCCAGCUGUUGCAUACUUUAAACACCUGUGACUAUCACUAUUAGCACUUUUAAAGUAGAUUCACUCACAGUUGGGAUCCCAGAAAUAGUUCAAGUGCAAUAAGUUGUCAUAUAUGUGGUUGUCUAAGUUAAAAAACAUUUAUGAUAGCAAUUCACAUCUGUGUACCACUAGAAACACCACUAAUUUUUGAAUAAUGACAUUACAAUAAGUAAUAAAUAUCAGUAAUGAUGUCUUGUAAUAGCAGUCUUAUGACUGUCCAGGAUGUUUAAGAUCAUGUAUUGUCACCAGAGUAGGUUCAUCCUAAUGUAAAAUGACAAGAUAUACAUGAUAUUUCUUGUAACAUAAUUAGAAAUAUUAGUGUUGAUUGUUUUUAAUAGUUAAUUUUAGUACCUGUGGACACGGAUGCAGCAAAAAAGUAAAAGACUCAAAUCGUAAAUGAAAACUAAUGCUAGCACUACUUGACCAUGUGGAACUACCAUACAUCAUCUGUAAAACCAUGAAACUGUUUCCAGCUGCAAUCCAAAUUCACAGCAAAAGCUACGUCUUUUAGACACAUUAUUUUUCAUGUUGUUGAUCUCAUGUCACAUCAACAGACUGUGGGAAAACAAUACCAAAGAAAGUUUGUUUGAGUAGUGUAUGCUUUCACAACUGACAGACAAAUUUUGUCUGUAAUCUUAGCUUCCUUUUUUUAAAUUAUAGUUCUAUUUUAUAAAAGUAAAUUAUCUGCAGGUUUUGCUGACAUUUCCUAUGUUAAUUUUUAUUCGUGAGCUGCUUUAUUGAAAUAUUUUUGUGCUUGUAGAAGACUCCCAGAUUAAACACAAGAGAGAAUCAAAUUUUCCAACUAAAGCAAACACAUUUUAAGGCUCCCCAAAGGAGAGGGGAACAAUGAUCUACUGGUGUCAUUUAUUUCUUGGGAAAAAUGAUGUUUUUUUCAGCAUCUGACAUUUGCUUAGUCCAAAUUGGAAGGCUUGUAAGACUUUCCUGUCUGUGGGUGACAGUUGCUACCUCACUGCAUGUUAUUGUUAAAGUAUAAACCAAAAUUGUUGCAAUAGUUGAAUUUGUUUGGGCUGACCUGUCAUAUAUCAUGUAAAUAAUUCCUGUGCAUUUGGUACAGCAAGGCCAUAAUUUUUGCAAGGGAUGCAUUCAUGAAAAGCAAAAUGUAGCUGAAGUUGAUGCUCUUCUCCUGACUGCUCUCUCUCUCUCUCUUUUCUUUUGCCUCAUUCCCGAAACUAGAUCAACAUUAAGUAUUUUCAGUUGUUCAGACCUUCAUCUGCUGUAUUGUACAUACUUCCUUCUCUCUGCAGGCUGCCUUUCACCUCUGCAUAAUGCAUCUCUUAGGCCAUUUAAGUGGAACUGACCUAGCUUCUUAAUGUUUAUGAAUAUUGUAAUGUCAUGUGACAGUUGUAUGUAAAAAUAAUGAUGUUGCCAUUUUAAAUAGAUGAUUGUCAUAAUAUUGUAAUAAUCUGAUUUUGCAGGAGAGGCCAUUUAUUUAUUUACUUGCAACAUUUAUGGCAGUUUUCUCUCCUGGAGAAUUUUCAUACACCAAAACCAAAUUUGUGUCAACUUUGCAGUGAUCUGCCAAUGUGUAGAAUCUCUGUAUUGAUCAAGGCUUCAUGUGUCCAAGUGCAUUAAGAAUGCAUUUUAUGUCAAAUCAUUUUGGUUUAUCUGUUAUGUAAAAGUUCUCAUCUAUUACAGUCACAAAACUGCAUCCCACUGAUCCAAUAUUAAAGUGUAUGGAAGGAA